AUGUUAUUUGGUCUAAGCAGCCUUGUUUAUAUCUGCGGACUGUUCACAGUCAGUGCCUCUCCCGAACUCUACGACUGGGAUGUGCUCCUCCUAUCCAACAACAAGAGUGAUCUCGUUCAGAAAGUGUCACCGGAUCACUGUAUGGAACUGCUCAAUGAAGACAUGCAGUAUAUCGUAACCGUGGCUUGGGAGCAAUUUAAGAGGGAAUUCAAUAAAACUUAUGCGGAUAAUCAAGAGCAUGAUAAACGAUUCAAGUUAUUUUGCCAAAGAUUUAUGGCUGUGAGGGAACAUAACAAGGCUUAUCGUGAAGGCAAGGUCACGUUUGAGAAAGGAAUCAAUCCAUUCAGUGACCAGACGAUUGAAGAAAUUAGUUUGAAGUGUUGUGGGAUUCCGAGCCACAACUUAACCACAGUACGGGGGUUCAAAUACAGAAAACUGGGUGUUGAGUUGCCAGCGCACGUGGAUUGGAGGGAGCGAGGCGCAGUGACUAGGGUACGAUCUCAAGGAACCUGUGGAUCUUGUUGGGCAUUCUCUGUCACUGCAGCCAUCGAAGGGCAUGAUUUCCUCCACUCUAAUGUCCUGAAAAGAUUGUCACCGCAGCAACUGGUUGACUGUUCGACUGCUUACGGCACAAAAGGUUGCUGGGGUGGACAUCCACCGGAUGCUUACAGAUAUGUAACAGAUGCCGGGGGUGUGGAGCUCGAUUCUGAUUACCCCUACGUCGCUGAACAACAGAAGUGUCGGUUCGAUAGAAACAAAGUAGUCACAAGAAUCACCGGAUUCGUGGAAAUUCCAAAUGACGAAAAGAUUCUCCAGGAAGCGGUUGCACUAUAUGGACCCAUUGCCGUUGCUAUAGACGCGCUCCAUCAUAGUUGGGUGGACUACACAAAAGGAGUCAUCUCAGAACCAAAAUGCAAGAACGCCAGAUAUGAUACAAACCACGCUAUUUUGCUCAUUGGUUAUGGAACCGACGAAGACGGGACACCCUACUGGCUUAUCAAGAACAGCCAGGGUACUUGGUGGGGAGAGCAAGGGUACGGUCGUAUUAUUCGCAACGCCAAUAAUAUGUGUGGGAUCGCCUCAUAUGCAAAUUACCCUGUAAUAUAA